AUGAGUAAACCUGAGCCUAUUAACAGCGCGACCAAGAAGAAAGCACCCCCAAAGUCGCGCAAACGCAAAACUAGCGACGCAGGUGCAGCACCUAAGGUCGUUUUAUCGCUAGCAAAGCGAUUAGCUACUGAUGGAGAAGAAGUGGCGGCAAAUGGCUCUGCUGUUGAAGCGUAUGCGGUGCAUGCAGCACAGCUGAAGCCGUUUAAGCGUGGAGAGUUGGUGGAAAAUAUAAAACACAUGCUGUUUGGCUUUGGGGACGAGAGUGAACCGCUCGAUGAAACGGCUGAGCUCAUGGAGGACCUCGUAGUCGAGUACAUCCACUCCAUGACGAAAAAGGCAAUGGAUUUAGCUUCGAUCAAGGGUAAAUUAGACACCGAGUGUUUUAUUUUCUUAAUCCGCAAGGACCCAGAGCGUUAUGACCGCAUUGCUGAGCUAUUGCGCGCAAACGACGAAUUUCGUGCAGUGCUUAACAUAAAGAAACAUUCAUGCUUUUUGAACAAGUUGUUCAUCGUCGUUUCAUUGCAUAACGAAGCCGCUGAGAGUUUGUCUUUUGCUUACAAUGCAUCAUAUCAAUCUACCGGUUAA